AUGUCGAUGGGUCAGCGCUUGAAGAGCUUGAUACUUAUUUUAUUGCUGGCAGUGAAGGAAAAUUCUGCCAAGCCUUCACAAAUUUUUCCUGCUGGCAUGGUAUUUGUGAAACCAACUCACGACUUAGAAAAGCUGUCGUAUCCAGUACAGCUGCUGGAUUUUUGCUACAUGGUGCCACUACCGGAAAGUGUGUCCAUAAAUGAGCUAUUCAUCGGCAUCGUACGACUACCAAUGCUCUUUUGCAUCUUCGUAUUCAUUGUUAUUUUCGCUGCACUACUCACUCACCUCACUCACCUCGAUAAACGCAAGCAAAUCAACUUUAUCAACCUAUUUCUAAACGAUCAGAGCAUUCGCGGCAUGCUGAGCCAGUCUUUUGUGAUAGCCGCUAAAUCGAGCGUUAAAACCAAGUUCGUCGUAUUUUUGCUGUGCUAUAUGAGCAUCAUUACUAACACCACUUAUCAAGCCUACCUGCAGUCCUUUCUCACUUAUCCUCCUCUUCUACCGAUGCAUCAUAGUUACGAAGACUUGGAAGCUGCUGGUAUGACAAUUUUAUUUGCUGAGCCUGAUGUGCCAAUCAUAGAAGGGAAUAAAAACCUCUUGGAGCACUUUCAUCUAUUCAAAAUUUCAAAAUACGAAGAUUGGGUGAAGCUCCGUUCACGCAUGAAUACAAAAUAUGUAUAUCCUAUCACAAAUUUGCGCUGGGAGACCAUCGAACUCCAACAGAGUCUCUUCAGACGGCCCAUAUUCUACUUCAAUUCUGAGUUUUGUUUUUUUAGAACCAUGUCCUGCUGCCUGCCCAUCCGUGCGGAUUUGCCAUAUCGUGAUUUAUUGGAUGACUUUGUACUGCGUCUGCAUUCUUCGGGUAUUAUGAAAGAGUGGAUGUCGAUGACUUUCUUAUUAAUGCCGAAUCUAAAAAGAUAG